CAGGUGAUCAUGGUCUAUCUAACGGAGUUUGCGUGUAGGUGAAACCAGCUCCAGCGCAACUGCGUAAAGGUAGAGAGAGAGAGUGAAAUGAGUGAGUGAGUUACAAAAUGAAGAGUGACGAAGCCAUUUUCGCCAUUAUCACUCCUCUCGCACCAAAAGCGAUGAAGCUCUAGUUGCUGCUUUUCUCGUUUUGAUCCGUACAUUUUCCCUCUGCCGUUGCGAUCCCCGAAGCUGCGAGAUUCUUCUGCCUCGAUUGCGUUCUUCAUGUGAUUCUGCUUCUCUCUCUAACCAAGUUUACAUUUUAGGAGUAGCUGAAUCAUAUGAGGCAGAUGGUCUUUUGUUAAUUACCUCAACUUAGGUAGACGAAUCUGCCUUGGUGAAUCUGUCAAGAUUGAAGAAUAGAUUUGUAUAUAUUAAUUAAUAAUUAAUACUGCAGAUUACUUGUCUACCAGAAAGGAUUCAAAAUGAGUUGGAACCCACACAUGGAGGUCCAUUACAAUACCAUUAGUUAUCCCUAUAAUACAGCAGGAAGCUUUAUUGAAUAUUUUGAAGGUCUCACCUAUGAACAUGUCAACUUCAUUUUUUCUGGUGCAUCACAUGCUCAGGAGAGUUCUUACCCUUCAAAUUCAAGCUUUUACAAGUUUGGACUAUCUGAACCAGAGAAUAAUUCAUACUAUCGUUAUAGUCAUGGUUAUGAGGUAAAUCAUCAUGAACCACUGGUGGAUGAGUACAGGAGACCUUCAGAGAACUCAUUGACAAUCAAUGAACAGUCACCAGCAGUAAGCACAGAAUGGGUUGAAGGUGGAAACACUGACACACAAGACAAUUCUAUUGAAUGUCCUCGAAGACAUCAUAGUAAUUCAAAUGAUUAUCAGGUUAUUUGGCAAGACAAUAUUGAUCCCGACAACAUGACCUAUGAGGAACUACUUGAAUUGGGUGAAGCUGUUGGAACUCAAAGCCGUGGUCUUACCCAAGAACAGAUCUCCUCGCUUCCAGUGUCAAAGUACAAAUGUGGGUUCUUCUUGAGGAAGAAGUCACGAGAUGAGAGAUGUGUGAUUUGCCAGAUGGAAUAUAGAAGAGGGGACAAGCGUAUCACCUUACCAUGUAAACAUGUUUAUCAUGCUAGUUGUGGGAACAAGUGGCUUAGCAUCAAUAAGGCUUGCCCUAUAUGUUACACGGAAGUGUUUGCCGACAAGUCAAAACACAAAUAAUCUCAAGCGGAUAAGUUACCUGCAUAUGUUUCUGUUUCUCCUUGAGUGUGGGGGUCUUUCAUAGAAAUACAUUUUUAUUUGACUUUUCCCUUUUCGUAGUGAGGUCAGCCCUGGGUUUAGCAAAAAUACAGAGAGAAUCUAAAGUUUUAUAAAAGGAUAUGGGACAUGUCUCAAUUAUCAUUGUUGUACUGGAGAGGUUGGAUUACGGUUUGUUUUCAUAAUAUCUAAUACAGUGUGCUAUGAUUUCACGUAAUUAGUAUCUCGUGCUGCUGAUACAGUGUUGUUGGAAAGCCAUGUGAACAUGCAUUCGCCUUUGUUUUUAUGAAAAUUUCUUUA